CCUCAAUUCCACACCCCAAUUCCCGCAUCUCCACCCCUCCUUCCAACACCUCCAUUGUGUCUGGGCUGAGGGCUGUUCCGCCUCUUCUCACCCUCGUCCUUGCUCCCCGCUCUUCCGAAUGGCUGCUCCCUUCGCUCGCCUGGCGGGCAAUGCGCCCAAAAGGCUUUGCCUCCGCCCCUCUACCUUCUCCAGAAACACUGCUCUCCCCAGAUGCCGCUCGAUCACGACGACUCUGCCUCGCCGGGCGGCCGAGCCAACCAGCUACCAGGCGACCAAGCUCAUUCCGACUGACCCGACCUUUUCCUCCUUCGCCAAUAAGGAAGGUGUCUCCGAAGACGAUUACGCCGCCGACAUGGAGUCCACGGACGCAGGGGCUAAUCGCAAGAUCCGCCAUUACACCGUCAACUUCGGUCCCCAGCACCCGGCUGCUCACGGUGUGCUUCGGUUGAUUCUGGAGCUCAAUGGUGAAGAGAUCGUCCGCGCAGAUCCCCACGUUGGAUUGCUCCACCGUGGUACCGAGAAGUUGAUAGAGUACAAGUCCUAUAUGCAGGCCCUGCCGUACUUCGACCGAUUGGAUUACGUCUCCAUGAUGACCAACGAGCAGUGCUUCUCCCUGGCUGUUGAGAAGCUGUUGAACGUCGAGAUCCCUGACAGAGCCAAGUGGAUCCGUACCUUGUUCGGCGAGAUCACCCGUAUCCUGAACCACCUCAUGUCCGUCCUUUCACACGCCAUGGAUGUUGGUGCUUUGACGCCUUUCCUGUGGGGUUUCGAGGAACGUGAGAAGCUCAUGGAAUUCUACGAGCGAGUUUCGGGUGCCCGUCUUCACGCUGCCUACGUCCGCCCCGGUGGUGUGUCCCAGGACAUUCCCAUCGGUCUUCUCGAUGAUAUUUACCAGUGGGCCACCCAAUUCGGUGACCGGAUUGAUGAGACUGAGGAGCUGUUGACGGACAACCGUAUCUGGAAGGCCAGAACCCAGGGUGUCGGUGUCGUCAGCGCCGCCGAGGCUCUGAACAUGAGUUUCACCGGUGUCAUGCUGCGUGGAUCCGGUAUCCCCUGGGAUAUCCGCAAGUCGCAGCCCUAUGAUGCCUAUGACCAGGUCGAGUUCGACGUGCCCGUUGGUGUCAACGGUGACUGCUACGACCGUUACCUGUGCCGUAUGGAGGAAUUCCGCCAGUCCCUCCGCAUUAUCCACCAGUGCUUGAACAAGAUGCCCGCUGGUCCCGUUCGUGUCGAGGACUACAAGAUCUCCCCUCCUCCUCGUGCCGCCAUGAAGGAGAACAUGGAGGCUCUGAUCCACCACUUCCUGCUGUUCACCAAGGGCUACUCUGUGCCCCCCGGAGAGACCUACUCCGCCAUCGAGGCUCCCAAGGGUGAGAUGGGUGUGUUCCUGGUCAGUGACGGUAGCGAGAGACCCUACCGCUGCAAGAUCCGUGCUCCCGGAUUUGCUCACUUGGGUGGCUUCGACCAAGUAUCCCGUGGCCACUUGUUGGCCGAUGCUGUUGCUAUUAUCGGUACUAUGGAUCUUGUGUUCGGUGAAGUCGAUCGGUAGAGUUGGAUGAAGCGUGGCUGAGUAUUUCCAGGACCUGUAAAACAGCUUCAAGACACGUGAUUCUGAUAUGGGACACCCAACCAUUUUCUUUUGCUAUUUAGAAGCGAAUACAAAUGACCAAGAGAGAAAAAAAAGAUUAAUUGUCUAUAUCACUUGUGCGUGUACGGGAAGUGUGUGGGACCAGGGAGCUGUGGGGAUAUAUCAGUUGUACCAAUUGGUUUUCAUGGCGUUGACUACGUUUGUUCUGAUUUCCUGUGUUUUCUGUCUCGUCCUGCACUGUGACCAUGUCUCGAGUUUCCUUUUAUAUCUUCAAAUCACCCUGUGUAUAGUGACACCAUAACUUUCUGACAACAUCUGACUUUGAAAAUAUAGUAGGGGAAGAAGGAUGUAGGGGUUUUGGAUGAAA